AUAAAGACUAAUUUACACUGACAAAUCUGAAAAAGUAGGGUUUUGUUAUUCAAUAUAUUACAUAUUUAGAUAAAAACAUGUGUGUUUGAUAAGCACGGAAUAUUGUGGUUAAAAGAUAGCGCAUGAAUAUUGAAAAAAAUAGGAUGAGUAAUAAAAAUGCUCGCGAGACAACGCCAGGUGACGGUUUACGAUCAUUACGGAGCACUUCGUUAUUCCGCGCUAUCAAUUUCGAGUUGUACGUCAAGCCGAACAAAACUAUUAUGAUUCUCGGUAUCGUAGCAAUGUUGGGUUGUUCAGGAUAUAUAUUUUACAUGAAUUCUGGUGAAAGAAAAAACGAUUAUCAAGCUAUGAUGAAAUCGGACGACACAGUAGUAUUAGUAAGAAAAACUUCUAAAUGGAACGACUGAAUAAGAAUGGUAUAUUAUGUAUACUUUCUAUAGUCUAAUUAAUAUUUAUUCAAUUUUAACAAUAUAUAUAUUAUUGUCUAUGUAUAUACAUGUUUAUAUCAAUUUAUAAAGAGCUUGGAACACUA